UUAGUCGCAGCGCCCCUUCAACGGUUGCAAGCGCAGUAGUCUAGUGCCCCGCCCACCCGUUGCCAUAACAGCAGUACACAACCGCUGCUUCCCCUUGCCCCUCUUCCAGAACAAUCCUUCCCUCUCAGGGCAAGGCUCCUGGACUGCUUCUAGUUGGGCUGGACCAGGAUGUCAGAUGAAGAAGACCCGGAAGACUUUGAACCAGACCAGGAUGAUUUUGAGAAAGAAGAUGACGAGAAGGAGACAGAGGAGUCGGAGGACUUCAGGAAAGAGGGGGAAGACGGGCCAGAGGAAUGGAUGUCCACUCCCCUCACGGAGGACAUGAUGAAAGAAGGCCUUUCCCUGCUCUGCAAGACGGGCAGCGGACUGGCCCAUGCUUACGUCAAGCUGGAGCUUAGAGAGAGGGACCUGACAGACAUAUACUUACUGCGCUCCUACAUCCAUCUGCGUUAUGUGGAUGUUUCUGAGAACCACCUGACAGACCUGUGGCCUCUCAAUCACCUCACCCACCUGCUCUGGCUCAAGGCUGACGGCAAUCGGCUGAAGAGUGCCCAGCUGAAUGAGCUGCCCUACCUGCAGAUCGCCAGUUUUGCCUAUAACCAGAUCACUGACACUGAGGGCAUCUCUCAUCCUCGUCUGGGAAGCCUGGAUCUCAAAGGAAACCGCAUUCGUAUGGUGACAGGUCUGGACCCCCAAAAGCUGAACAGCCUGCACACGCUGGAGCUUCGGGGAAACCAGCUGGAAAGCACCCUGGGGAUCAACCUUCCUAAGCUGAAGAACCUCUACCUGGCCCAGAACGCACUGAAGAAGGUCGAAGGCUUGGAGAACCUAAGCAAUCUCAUCACCUUGCAUCUUCGUGACAACCAAAUCGAAACUCUGGACGGCUUCUCCAGAGAAAUGAAAGCACUGCAGUACCUCAACCUGAGGGGCAACAUGGUGACUGACUUGAGGGAGCUGGCCAAGCUCCACGACCUGCCCAAGCUGCGUGCCCUGGUGCUGCUGGAUAACCCCUGCACGGACGAGACCGACUACCGCCAGGAGGCCCUGGUGCAGAUGGUGCACCUGGAACGCCUGGACAAAGAGUUCUAUGAGCGGGCUGAGGCUGAAGAGAUCCGCCAGAGGCUGAAGGAGGAGCAGGAACAGGAUGGCGAGAUGGAGCACGACCUGGAACCCAUCCAGCCAUUGCCUUAGCAGCUGUUCUAGCCUUGGAAGACAGUAGGGGCCAGGAGGAGAUCACACUCCCUGGGCCGGAUCUGAGCGGACUCCCGGAGCGCCGCAUCCUCUCUACCCUCGCUGGGAGACAGAGCUGGGGAUUCAUCCCAGCCUGAGCAGUUACCUGAGCAGGGUGGGGUGCACCGUGAGGGCGCCGUGGGCCUGGAGCCUGGGCUGGUCGGCUCUCCGCAGGUCUGUGUAGGAGCCAGGCCUGGUGGGUGGCUGAGGGAUGCUGGUAGUGUUGACGGGAGAGAACUACGGAGGCGGGCUGAGGUUCUAGGAGGAGCUCAAUGUUCGAAUAAAGAGCUAUUUUCCUACU